UCCGCCCAUUUUGAACAAGAUUCCAGCUGUUAACGAGCCCACACGCAUUCAAAGCUCCUCCCUUUCCAAUGCCCAACAGCUGUGCUCGUCUUGUCACCAUCACCAAAGCCUGUAGGCGGAUCAUCCACUUGACUUCCACCAUGCCCACACUGGACUCUACCACCUUGUCUGCAUUCAUAUUCCUUUGACCUCCUCUCCUAUAUCAUGUUCCCACAUAUUUAGCAUUGAUGAGUAAUAACAUUUGAGAGAAACAAACAUUCCGCCGCCUCUCUCUGAUUUGGGGAAGAAAGGUUUAGGAGGACUUCUCCAUUAAAAGGCAUUUGGGGAGAGCUCUGUGUUGAAAUUGAUAUUGGGUAGUUGAUGAACUUUGAAGGAUGCAGGUAAUGUGGCCUCGAAUGAUGGCAAACAAAUGGCUUCGCCUGAAAUCAGGCGGGGAUAAGUUCAAGAGCGAUGCAGAGGACGAAGCUGCCGAUGCCCUGCUCUUCAAUGGAGUUCCUCCACUCGACAAAAUGGCAAAGUGUUCUCCAACGCUGUUGCGGGGACAGUCGGAGACUUUGUGGAUGGAAUGUGUCGAUAAAUUCAAUUACAGGAUGUUUGUGGGGACAUGGAAUGUUGGAGGAAGAACACCGCGGGACAGUUUGGAUUUGGAGGAUUGGCUUAAUGCCAGAGAAUCCUGUGAUAUAUUUGUUAUUGGGCUACAGGAAAUUGUUCCCCUGAAGGCCGGGAAGGUUUUGGGAACAGAGAACAGCCGGGCGGCCGAUGAAUGGGAUGCCCUAAUCCGGGGCGUUUUGAACGAAAGGGCUGCGCCAGAAAACACUUUUAUCUCGAAAAGCGCAAGUGUUCCGUUGUCCGAUGGAAAAGAAUCCCUGGAUCGACAAUGGAGUACGGAAGAUGCCCAAAGCAUAGACAAGUUAAAUUUGGAUGGGCCUUGGAGCGAGAGAAAGCGAUUCAUAAGAGUUGCAAGCAAACAAAUGGUGGGAAUAUUCAUCACUGUGUGGGUGAAAUCCGAGGUGAGGCAUCACAUCCGGGACUUGAAAGUUUCCUGUGUGGGAUGCGGGAUCAUGGGCUGCCUCGGCAACAAGGGAUCUGUUUCCGUUAGCUUGUCACUUCAUCAGACGAGCUUCUGCUUUGUGUGCACACACUUGGCUUCGGGUCAAAAACAGGGUGACGAGAUCCGGCGAAAUUUCGAUGUUGCAGAGAUCCUAAAGAGAACACGUUUUCCUCGUGAUGCCAAAUCCGGUUUGGAGUUGCCGCAAACCAUUGAAGGGCAUGAUCGUAUCAUUUGGUUUGGCGACUUGAAUUACCGGCUGACCAUAGCAGAGUCGGAAGCAAAAUCUCUUAUCUUGCAAAAAGAUUGGAAGACAUUACAACUCAGCGAUCAGCUCCAACGGGAGAAAAAUGCCGGACGAGUAUUUGAAGGGUGGCAGGAAGGGCAUUUAGAUUUCGCUCCAACAUACAAAUAUGCUGCACAUUCAGACAAAUAUUGCGGUACCCAAGACAAACCAGGGGGAAAACGCCGUGUUCCAGCCUGGUGUGAUCGAAUACUUUGGUAUGGGAAAGGGAUGAAGCAAUUGUCAUAUGAGAGGGCAGAGAGUAGAUUUUCGGAUCACCGUCCUGUGUCGGCCAUUUUUGUAACAGAGCUGGAGGCGAUUAGCAAACGGAAGCUGAAAAAGAAGCUCAGUCUGAGCGUCUCCUUCAAAAUACUCCAAGCGCAAGAUAUGCUUUCUGAGCAUGCGCUCAGUAUUGAAUCUACAGCUCAGCAGGAGGCAAUCCCAUCUCUCUCAUAAUCGCUCAACUAGAUCUAAGAUGUUAUCUUGAUAAAGCACUAUAUGCUUAAAAAUCAAAAGGUUUCAUUUUCUUAUCUCUCCAAUAUUGGGAUUUGAUCCUGGGACCUGCUGCUCUCAAGGACAGCUUACUAGUUCAGCCAUCACUUCAUUCUUGUCAAAAGUGGUAAACAGUGAACGGCAAGAAUAUGGAGCUAGAUCUGGGUUCACUUUCACUGCCAAUCUUAAUGGAUAAUCAUAAGAGCUUCAACAUUGAAUCCAAGAUCAUAUGACUGGGACAAUGAAUAUCAGUUUAAUCUAGGUGACCUUGAUCAGUAAAGCAUUCUCCAUGAACAACAAGGACGACCUGCUCAAGGCAAUGGAAUUCAUGUGAUAUUUAUUGGUCAGAAGAGGACAAAUGAUUUCAGGUUUUCAACCCAAGAGGAUUGUAUCUGUAGACCUGUUCUAUUGUAGGCUGGCUCUGUACAUCCUGUGUAUUUGCUUGAAUAGUACCAAAUCCAAAGAUGUCUGUUCCUGGUUUUAGUAUUACAAUGAUUACUACGGCUACGGAGUCUGAAGGAAACAGAUAUGUCAGAUUAACAGAGAGCCAUUUUAUAUUCA